UGAAAAUAGAGAGCCGCGCUUUUCAAAGGCGACGUAAUAAUCAGUCGACUUUUCACCAGCUCCAUUAUAAUAUACUAUAUUGCUGGGUCUAUACCAGAUCAGUUGGCCACAAUUCCCUGAUAUGUAGUCUGAGUUACUUGCAGCCACUAAAAAAGUUACUCACAUAAAGUAGUCGCCAUGUAACCAUUCCCGAUUUUAGACCUUAAAUUAAUUAUCCAGAGGAAUUGGACCGUUUGUUUGAAAAAAAUGAAUAUUUAUCGGGCUGUAAAAAAUUAUCUUAACAAAAUGGUUUCAAUGGCUGAUAGUGGCAUGAAAGUAUUAAUGCUUGAUCAAGAAACUUUGAAAAUUGUCAGCGUAGUUUGUUCAAUGUCUGAAAUUAUGAAAUAUGAUGUUUAUCUAAUAGAACGUAUUGAUGCGCCACGUGAAUCCUUGGAACACUUACGUUGUAUUUGUUUUCUAAGACCAACAAAAGAAAAUAUUAGUUUGUUAUCUAAAGAAUUAAGGAAACCAAAUUAUUUUUCUUAUUACGUAUUUUUCAGUCAUUCCGUAACUAAACAGUUACUGAAACAAUUAGCAGAAGCUGAUGAAAGUGAAGUGGUUGUAGAAGUUCAGGAGUAUUUUGCUGAUUUCAUUCCAUUAUCACCGUUUUUAUUUGAAUUAGAUAUACCAGUUAGUCUAAAUGAAAAUAGAGAUUUGAAAAAUUGUGUAUUAAAUCGAUCAACUGAUGGCUUAACAUCUGUAUUAUUAGCUCUGAAAAAGUGUCCAGUUAUACGUUACCAGAAUGCUUCAGAAGCUGCACGUCAACUAGCUGAGUCGAUACGAUCAUUCAUAUCAAGAGAGACUGUAAUAUUUGAUUUUAAACAAACAGAACCAGUUCCUGUCCUGCUUAUAAUCGAUAGAAGACAAGACACAGUUACACCAUUAUUAUCGCAAUGGACAUAUGAAGCUAUGGUUCAUGAAUUAAUUGGUAUCACACAAAAUCGCGUUAGUUUAUCUAGUGUGGCAAAUGUCAAAUCGGAAUUAAAAGAGAUCAUUUUAAACCGCGAAUUUGAUGAAUUUUAUCGAACCAAUCAAUUUUCCAAUUUUGGUGAUAUUGGCCAAUCAAUCAAACAACUUGUAGAAAACUUUCAAAAGGCUUCUAAAUCUGUAGAUACAAAAAAUUUAGAAUCAAUUGGUGAUUUAAAGCGAUUUUUAGAACAUUUUCCUGCUUUUCGUAAAACAUCCGGCACUGUUGAAACACACGUAACAUUAAUGUCAGAAUUGUCUAGAAUCGUUAAAGAACAUGCUUUGUUAGAAAUAAGUGAAGUCGAGCAAGAAUUGGUAUGUCGCGAUAAUCACUCUUCGGUUUUACCACGUAUUAAAAGUUUAGUAAAUGAUCCAAGAAUUCUUCUCUCGGAUGCUUUACGAUUAGUUCUUCUUUAUGCCUUACGUUAUAACAAGCAAAAACAAGAAUUAGCUGGAUUAAUUCGAUCUCUUGUUACACGUGGUGCAACAGAUGAUGAUAUUCGAACUAUUGAUAAUUUACUAGAAUAUUCUUGGCCGAUUUCCGUUCCCGAUGGUUUCGAUUUAUUUCAUGUUAUGAAAACGGGAAAUGUCAACACAACAACAACGUCACUUGUUGAUAGUCAAACAGCAACCAAAGCGAUGGCUUCACUAAAAAAACGUUUUGUCCAAGGAUUAAAAGGUGUUGAUAAUGUCUAUACACAACAUGAACCAUUGAUAGUUGAAAUUUUAAAUAAAUUAAUCAAAGGUCAGCUGCCUGACUCUUCAUUUCCAAGUUUAGCUACUGGUGCUUGUUGGAAAACUAUACCUAGUUGUCAACGUCCAAAGGAAAUUAUUGUAUUUUUCAUUGGUGGUGUUACUUAUGAAGAAGUUUGUAGUUUGCAUAAAAUUAACAGUUCCACACCGGAUGUUGAUAUUAUAGUAGGUGGUACAUGUGUUCAUAAUUCAAGAACAUUUUUACAAGAAGUUUGUUCAGUAACAAAAAGUGUCGGUAUUACAAAAUCAUCAAAUCCUGUGGAACCAACUCGUCGUUUACAUGGAAAUUCAAGAAGUAACAUUCGCUAUGGAUUAUUGCAAUGAAUAACAAUGAUAUUUAUUGUGGUUAUAAUAGUUCGAGGUAAAUACACAUCUUAUCCGUUGUUCAAUUGUCUGUGAUAUUUGUCCCAAUUAUUACUUGUGUAAAAUUUAUCUGAAUUUUUGCUGUAUACUUCAGUUUAAUCUUCCCACCAUACAUAUUAUAUCAAUGAACAAUAGUUAACUUUUAAUUUUUUAUUAAUUUGGUAACCAUAUAAUCAUUUGUAAAUGUUAUUGAAUAUAAAAAAAAUCGUGUUGAUUGUGUUGCCUC